CCCAUUUCUUACUCCCGUAUCCUUUGAUUAUUAUCCAUUCCUUCUCCCACACCCUUAUCCUACGCACUCUUUAUCGUUCUUCUUCAAACCAUCGUUCUUCUUCAAACCAUCUAUUGAUGACAACAAACCUAAUCGUUAUUAUAACUGUAAUUCCUUCAAAUUUACCGUCUCUGCUCAAAACCACCAUUAAAAGAGGUGAAGGCUAGUCUCAGAAUUUCACAGACGGCGCACAUUAGCAACGAGGAAACAACAGGGAAGAAGAAAAAAGAAAAAUGUCUCUGGUUUUCGAUAGCAGUAGAGAAGUUUCGGUAGGGCCCACGGUUGGAUUCCAAGGUGGUGGUGGUGGUUCCUCAUCAGCACCUACUGCGUAUGUUAGCAACAAACACAGAUUGAGUUUAUCAUCAUCUUCUUCUUCUUCAAGUUCUAGCAAUGAAGAAGAAAUUACAAGGAUUUCAUGCUUUUCAGUAGAUCCAGAUUUAUCUUCUGAUAAUUCUUCAGUCGACGGUUUUGAUGACAGCGAAGAUGAUGAUGAGAAUGAAGCUGGAAGUAAGAAUUUGAAUGGUGCUCUGUCUUCUAUGGAUUCACUCGAAGAUUCUCUUCCUAUCAAGAGAGGAUUAUCAAAUUACUUCGCAGGGAAAUCAAAAUCAUUUGGGAAUUUAUCAGAAGUGACAACAGUAAACAGUUUAGUUAAAACUGAGAAUCCAUUUAAUAAAAGGAGGAGGACUUUAAUAGCUUAUAAAUUAUCAAGAUCAAGGAAUUUUUAUAGCUCUGCGAAUCCAAUUUCGAUGCCUCUUUUGACACUUCACGAGGAUGAAGAUUAUCAACAAGAACAACAGGAUGAAGAAAGCGACUCCGAUCGAAACAAUAAAGAUGAUGAAAGUGAAGAAGAUUCUGAUAGUUCGAAUUCGUAUAUUUCAAACCGUAAUCAUCGUGAGAGGAAGAUUAAGAGUUAUAAACCAACUAGAAGCUUUUCUCUUACAGAUCUCCAUGAAAAUGUUUGAGAUUAACUAAAGGACUUGGUGUGAAGUUCUUAAAAUGGGAAGGAGCUUUUGUUAAUUAAAGAAAACUCCAUAAUGGGACCUUUUUUUUGGCUAGGGAAUGCUUAUUAUGCCCUUGAUGAAAGUUGUUGAGAAGUCCUUAAUGCUUUUGUUAAAUAACUUAAAUUCCUCUAAAACUCAUUACUCGGAAGUCUAAUUAUGAGCUGAAUACUCUAGCUCUAAUGUAACCGUUAAAUGUACUUAUUCUGUUCUUAAUUUUAGGUGCGUUUGGAGACAAAUUUUUUCUUAUUUGUAAUUGGGUUUCAGCAUCGAAGAACAAAUGACCCUGGAUAUGAAAUUCAGAUUUUGUGGUAGUGGUAAGAUUGCUGGGACAUUAUCAUUA